AUGGCGAAGCAGGCUAAAGCGACCAAGAAAUUCGAGAAAAGCAAGCUUAAGGACACACUUGAGCGGAGAAAGGACUUUGCAAAGAUCAAGCAGCGACACAAGCAGAAAGAGAAGAGACAGAAAGAUGCCGCAAGACGAGCAGAGAAAGAGCAAGAUCAGCCCGGCGUGCCCAAUGGAGUCGGUGACGAUGAUUCUGGCCACGAAGAUAUGAACGACGACGAUUUCUUCCAAGACACUUUCCCGAUCCCCGAGCCUGUGACAGAUUCCAAGAACAAGAAGCGGAAGAGAGACCAAUCAGCUCCCACAGAUGACGGACAAUUGUCUGGGAGCGAAGACGCAGACGGCGACGAAGCAGACUUCAAAGGUCAACUCGAUGCGCUGGCCGACAAGGAUCCGGAAUUCUACAAAUAUCUCAAGGAGAACGACGCCGAGCUCCUUGACUUUGAUGACACCGCCGAUAUGGCUGAGGUUGACGAACUGAGUGAAGAGGACGAGGACCGACCGUCUAAGAAGCAGAAGACGCAAGGGCCAAUGACUGCUCAGGUGACCAGAGCAGAUGUGGAGAAAUGGAAAAAUGCCAUGUCCGAGCAAUACUCGGUCCGAUCUCUGCGACAGAUCGUAUUGGCUUUCAGAGCGGCGGUCAGCGCAGACGAGGACGAGGAGAAGGGCAAAGACGCUCGAUUCAAGGUACCAGACUCGGAUGUGUACCAUGAGAUCCUGGUCACCGCGCUCGAAUCUGUCCCCAAAGUCCUGGCGCAUCAUCUGCCGGUCAAGGAAUCUGCCGCAGGAAAAGUCCGAGUGCCUGCCGACGCGCCCAAGUUCAAGACAUUGUCACCUGUGAUCAAGUCCCACGUUUCGUCCUUACACACACUUGUGGGCCAGCUAUCUGACUCGGCAACUCUGCGAAGAGCUCUGGCAGCAUUUGAGCCUCUGUUACCAUACUUGCUGCAGUUUCGCAAGUUCCUGAAAGUUGUGGUCAAGACAAUCGCCGAGGUGUGGUCAGACAAUGGCUCGGAUGAAGCCACCAGGAUCUCGGCAUUCAUCAUCCUUCGCAGACUCAUGGUCAUCGGAGAUGCUGGAAUCCGAGAGUCAGUCCUCAAGAGUACGUACGAGGGCGUUGUCAAGGGCGCAAGGAACGUCACCGAACUCACCCUUCCCGGCGUGAACUUGAUGAAGAAUUCCGCUGCUGAGUUGUACGGAAUUGAUCAGAAGGUCAGCUAUACAACAGCAUUCAAAUUUAUUCGCCAACUAGCAAUCCACCUCAGAGGCCACGUCGCAAAGCCUACCAAAGACUCAUACAAGAUGGUGUACAACUGGCAAUUUGUGCACUCGCUCGACUUCUGGUCUCGUGUACUCUCGAUGCACUGCAAUUCACUCCUCGAAGCGCAGAACGGUAAAGAGUCUCAAUUACGACCACUGAUCUACCCUGUUGUCCAAGUCACUGUUGGCGUUAUGCGUCUGAUUCCGACAUCAACCUACUUCCCGCUUCGGUUUCAGCUGAUGCGUGCCCUGCUGCGGAUAUCACAGUCGACUGGCACUUACAUCCCUCUAGCUGCUGCCCUGUUGGAAGUGCUGAAUUCGCCCGAGAUGAAGAAGCCAGCCAAGGCAGCAACAGUCAAGCCGCUUGACUUCGCUUCAAACAUCAGAGCGUCCAGUUCAUACCUCAAGACGCGUGUAUACCAGGACGGGGUUGGCGAGCAAGUUGUGGAACUCUUGUCCGAGUUCUUCGUCUUGUGGUGCAAGAGUAUUGCCUAUCCUGAGCUGCAAUUACCAGUCACAGUCAUGCUGAAGCGCUGGCUGAAGAGCGCUUCCAAGCCGGACGGAAACAAGAACCCUAAGAUCAAUCAGGCGCUUUUGCUGGUGGUGCAGAAGUCGGAGUCCAAUGCCAGGUGGAUCGAAGAGCGACGCAACAAAAUCAACUUUGCACCCAAGGACACAGCAGAGGUCGAGGCCUUCUUGAAGGACACCUCGUGGGAAGAUACCCCUCUUGGCGCAUAUGUGGUUGCGCAGCGCAAGCUAGGGGACGAGAGACGAAAGGUGGUCGAGCAAGGACGCAAGGAAGAGGCUCGGCGCAAGAAGGCCAACAAGGACGAUGACGAGAUGGACGACUUCUAA